GCCAUCUCAUCCAGCAUGUCAGAGGGAGAGGGAGGUUUGUUAUUCGGGCCGCCUAUGGGCGGAAGAACGCUCCUGGUUCCCCAGGCGCUCGUGCUUGUCAUAGCGCGUGCACUCUACCGGUACAUCAGUUGCAUGAUGGCCGAAGGAGGCGGACCCGAGUCGGGUAGCGCGGCGGACUCCGACUCGGAGCCGGUAACCGCACAGAUACCGACCCCUUCAUCCGAAAGUCAGAAGCAAACCAUUGGAUCACUUCUGAAAACACCUUUGAAAAAGGGCGACGAGUGGUUUCUUAUAGACAGUCGGUGGUUCAAACAGUGGAAAAAGUAUGUGGGAUUUGACAGUUGGGAUAUGUACAACGUUGGCGAACGCAGCCUCUAUCCAGGACCAAUUGAUAACUCGGGGCUGUUCUCAGACCAAGAGACCCAAGCUCUUAAAGAGCACCUCAUAGAUGAGCUGGACUAUGUUUUAGUGCCCACUGAGGCGUGGAAUAAGCUUGUCAGCUGGUAUGGCUGUCUGGAAGGCCAAAGACCCAUCGUCAGGAAGGUGGUUGAGCAUGGCAUGUUUGUUAAGCACUGUAAAGUGGAAGUCUAUUUGCUGGAGCUCAACUUGUGUGAGAAUGACAACAUGGACAACGUUGUAACACGCCAUUUUAGCAAAGCAGAUACUAUAGACACUAUAGAGAAGGAGAUGCGGACGUUGUUUGAAAUCCCAUCAGAGAAAGAGACCAGACUCUGGAACAAAUACAUGAGCAACACCUAUGAGCAACUGAACAAGCCAGACAGCACUGUACAGGACGCCGGGCUUUUUCAGGGACAGGUGCUUGUGAUCGAGCGCAGAAAUGAGGACGGCACUUGGCCCAGACAGGCUUCACACCCCAAAUCCAGUACAACGCCAUCCAGAAAUUUCUCUACCUCCCCAAAGCUGUCUUCAAAUUCGUCCAUGAGUAUAUCACCAACUGCAACCAAUGGAGACAGCAGCUGUAGCCCUGGAUACACACUAAACAACAGCAGCACUUCCUCUAGCAACAGGUUGGGGAGCUACAACUCGUAUAACUCGUACAGCUACAGAGAAUCCCAAGCACAGCCUGGCCUUUGCGGUCUCAGUAAUUUGGGGAACACAUGCUUCAUGAACUCUGCUCUCCAGUGCCUGAGCAAUGCACCUCCCCUCACAGAGUACUUCCUGGAUGACCAGUACGAGGCAGAGAUUAACCGUGAGAAUCCGCUGGGAAUGAGGGGCGAGAUCGCCGAGGCCUACGCAGACCUCGUAAAGCAGAUGUGGCUGAGCCGCAGCAGUUAUGUGGCACCACGGACGUUUAAAACGCAGGUUGGGCGAUUUGCUCCUCAGUUUUCAGGGUACCAGCAGCAAGACUCGCAAGAGUUGCUGGCCUUUUUGCUGGACGGACUCCAUGAAGAUCUGAACCGUGUCAAAAAGAAGCCUUACCUCGCCCUAAGAGAUGCCGAGGGCCGUGAAGACGAGAUUGUUGCCAAGGAGGCCUGGAAAAACCACCGCUUACGCAACGACUCUGUAAUAGUUGAUAUUUUCCACGGACUCUUUAAAUCCACGUUGGUGUGUCCGGUGUGCUCCAAGGUGUCGGUCACCUUUGACCCGUUCUGCUACCUCACAUUGCCUCUGCCUAUGAAGAAGGACCGGACCAUGGAGGUGUUCCUGGUUCGGUCAGAUCCUCAGUCCAAACCUACUCAAUAUCGAGCGGUCGUCCCCAAACUGGGCACUGUGGCAGACCUUUGCAGUGCCUUGUCCAAACUCUGUGGAAUCCCUCCGGAAAAUAUGGUUGUGGCUGACGUUUACAAUCAUAGGUUCCACAAAAUUUACAGACGAGACGACGGCCUCAACCAAAUCAUGGAAAAGGACGACAUAUUUGUGUACGAGGUGCAGGAGGAGGACAGUGAACGGAUGAAUUUGCCUGUAUACUUAAGGGAGCGCCAGUCCAAGCAUGCUGCAAGCUCCAGUAGCACCUUGCUGUUUGGCCAGCCUUUACUCAUCACCGUUCCCAGACACAACCUCACAGCAGACGUCUUAUACGACAAGAUACUGGAGAGGAUUGGGCGCUAUGUAAAGCCUUCCCAGAGUCCCAACAGUGAAAGUAAGGCAUCAGCCUCUGCAACUGUGACCAACUGCAACCAAGCCCCUGAAAGCUCCACGGCAUCUUGUCUGGGUGGGUGCAGCAGCCCCUUGUCGGAUGGAGCCUCCUGCAGUGCCAGCUCCAGCAAUGACAGCAACCAUUCAGGGAGCGGCAACAAAGCCAACGGGGUCUAUGAUGGUGAAGAGGAGGCCAUGGACCACCAGGUGAGUCCUGAACCUGAGAAUGGUCUGUCUGAAGAAGAGGAGGAAACAUCUGACUUGGAAAAUGGCUCAAAGGGCCAGAAGACAAAGCUAUUCACUUUCAGCGUAGUCAACUUUUACGGAACAGCCAACAUCAGCUCGCUACCUUGUGAAGGAAAUGUCCUCAAACUCAAUCCUCAUUCCACCAUAGCCAUCGACUGGGACACGGAGUCAAAGAAGCUGUUCUACGACGAGCAGGAAGCAGAGGCCUAUGAAAAGCACGAGAGCAUGCUGCAGCCCCAGAAAAAGAAAACCACCGUGGCUUUGAGGGAUUGCAUUGAGCUCUUCACCACCAUGGAGACGCUGGGAGAACACGACCCCUGGUAUUGUCCAACGUGUAAGAAACACCAACAAGCCACAAAAAAGUUUGACCUGUGGUCUUUGCCUCGCAUUCUGGUCGUUCAUCUGAAGCGUUUCUCCUACAACCGAUGCUGGAGGGACAAGCUGGACACGGUGGUGGACUUUCCUAUUAGAGAUCUAAACAUGUCCGAGUUUGUUUGUGACCCAAAGGCGAGCCCCUACAUCUAUGACCUCAUUGCUGUGUCCAACCACUAUGGAGGAAUGGGAGGAGGCCACUACACCGCCUACGCCAAGAAUAAACUGGACGGAAAGUGGUAUUAUUUUGACGACAGCAGCGUCUCCUCGGCCACAGACGACCAGAUUGUGACUAAAGCGGCCUACGUGCUCUUCUAUCAGCGCAGAGACGAGGACGCUCCCUCCAAAAGUCCGCCUUCGGCGUCGUUGGGAGCAUCUCCGGAGGCCGCCGACGACCGCAUGGACACAAACUGAGAGGCUCAAAGGGAGACGGACACGCACGGGGCGAACGGACACGUGGACACGCACACCAUGCUUCUGUAGUGACGGACGGCUCCACAGACUUUUUAUUAACCCCACCCUCCGCUUGAAUCUGUCUUGUGAUUUUUGGCUAAAGCCAACAGCCUGGAAGGAGCGGACGGUCUGCUGAUUUAUAGUUUUACUAGUUCCAAACUAAGAGGAAUGUAGAUUCUCUCACUGGAUGAUCAUAUUGUUAAAGUGCCCUCAUAUGUAUAGAUAAAAGGUUUGUUUCCCACAAAAAUAUUCUGAGAUACUUAGAGAAAAAAGCCAAAUGCACAUUGUUUGAACCAAAGCGUUCGGAGAUAUUUAUGUGAAAAAUAAAGCAGAAAUCAGCCAGAUGCUGGCGCUGUGCCUAGAUUGUCCUUGCUACGUGAAAUGCAAUCCUUUUCUAAAGGGAGGUGUGCGCUCAAAAGGAAACGAGUGACUCCUGAGGCCGAACUGUGGUUCAGCGGGACGCCCGGGAGGGGAGGGGCUCAGACCGCUUCAGCAGGUGACCCGCAGGAGCUGUUUUUGAUCAGAAUGAGAGAAAAACUGCAGAAAACAAGCAGGCAGGCGCCUUCCUGUGUUUAAAGGUAAAUAUCAACCUGCUGUAUGCAGACGCCACAGAACUGGACGCUGUGGCCCACAGCAUCCAAGGAUGUGACGUGGGACACCUUCAGAUCUUUUAGCUUGGUUCUAUGCACACAUGGACUGCUGCUUAGUUCUGUACAAUAAUGUACAGAGAAGCCAUGUUCAAAACACACUGGCUAAAACAAGAUAAACCAGGAUGAACCGAUGCUUUGAUGAAACCUCGACUCGCUCCUUGACACGAGCAACUAUCUGCUCAUCUGAUCUGGACUAAACAAGAUCUUGACAGGAACAAACAUUUGCAUGAUUUACAAACCGUUUAACUUUUUGUUUUCCUCUGAAUUGCAUAGAAAAAACUAAAUCCAAUCAAAUCAUGUUCAUUAUUUAUAAUGAAGGCAGUUUCCAGUUAAAAUGUCAACUUUUCUUUUGCGUCAGAAUAAACUGAUCUAGAAAAGCUUCGUCACAUCUGCCGUGAGUUUUUUUUCCCGUUUUAUUAAAAUGAUCCGAAAACAGUUGAAGUCAUCCUCUGAACCCAGUUUGUUUUUUAAUUGAGAAAUAUUUCAGUUAAUGUUGCAAUAAAGUCCUGAAGCCUC